GCUCGGCCGGAGAGCCUGGGCUUAGGGCGUUUGAGAGCGGCGGUGGGUUCUUGCUUUACUGCCUGGCCUGGUUUGCGAAGAUGCGGAAGGUGGUUUUGAUCACCGGGGCGAGCAGUGGCAUUGGCCUGGCCCUCUGCAAGCGGCUGCUGAUGGAAGAUGAUGACCUUCACCUGUGUUUGGCAUGCAGGAACAUGAGCAAAGCAGAAGCUGUCCGUGCCACUCUGCUGGCCUCUCAUCCCACCGCCGAGGUCACCAUUGUGCAGGUGGAUGUCAGCAACCUGCAGUCAGUGUUCCGGGCCUCCAACGAACUUAAGCAAAGGUUUCAGAGAUUGGACUUUGUAUAUCUAAAUGCUGGGAUCAUGCCUAAUCCACAGCUAAAUAUCAGAGCACUUUUCUCUGGCCUCUUUUCAAGAAAAGUGAUUCAUAUGUUCUCCACAGCUGAAGGACUGCUGACCCAGGUUGACAAGAUCACUGCCGAUGGGCUCCAGGAGGUGUUUGAAACCAAUGUCUUUGGCCACUUUAUUCUGAUUCGGGAACUGGAACCUCUUCUCUGUCACAGCGACAAUCCAUCUCAGCUCAUCUGGACGUCAUCUCGCAACGCAAAGAAAUCUCUUUUCAGCCUUGAGGACUUCCAGCACAGCAAAGGCCAAGAACCCUACAGCUCUUCCAAAUAUGCCGCUGACCUUCUGAAUGUGGCGUUGAACAGGAACUUCAACCAGCGGGGUCUAUAUUCCAGUGUGGUGUGCCCAGGUACAGUACUGACCAAUUUGACAUAUGGAAUUCUACCUCCUUUUAUAUGGACACUGCUGAUGCCAAUCAUAUGGCUGCUUCGCUUUUUUGCAAAUGCUUUCACCGUGACACCGUAUAAUGGAACAGAAGUACUGGUAUGGCUUUUCCACCAAAAGCCUGAGUCUCUCAAUCCUCUGACCAAAUAUCUGAGUGCCACCACUGGCUUUGGAAGAAAUUACGUAACAACCCAGAAGAUGGACCUAGAUGAAGACACUGCUGAAAAAUUUUAUCAAAAUUUACUGGAACUGGAAAAGCAUGUUAGGGUCAGCAUUCAAAAAAGAGAUAACCAGAGCUGAUGGUGACACUCUUGAACAUGUCGUACCUUGUGUGCACUCAGGGGCACGUGGAUUUCCAUUGACUUUGCUGUUAUGAAUUUAUAUAAGACAUGAACUAUGAGUACCUCUCUUCCUUUCUUUCAGAAUUAUCUCUAAGACUAUAUAUGUGAGCAUAUAUGAAUGCACAUGAGAAAAAGAUUGAUAAAGUAUAAAUAUCAAUUAGAUAUUCUUCAGAAUGGUGUCACAUCAAAAUUAUUAGAGUCACUCAGCAGAGUACCUGUCUAUAGUCUGCCAACUGGAGCCCAAGCUGAGCUCCAGGGGAUAAUGUGUGGACUAGAAUAAUUGUGACACAGGCACACAUUGGUCCUUUUUUUGGCCCGUCCACAGCAAGAAGUACCGCCCACUUUCUGAGUGACGGUCUUAGCUUUGCUCCUUUCCUCGUGAGCAGUUUUCUUAGGAAGAUUUCUGUUGCCUCAUUUCUUCCUCCAUGUGCUACAAACAUAUGAAGGAAGAAAUCCUAACAAUCCUAAUAUGGGUGCCCAUGUGGUUAGUAACAGAACAAAAAUAUAUAUGUGUUUAGGUCACUUGAAUUAUUUCUUUUUUAAAAAAUAUCUUUUAUUGAUAUUAAGGUAAUUCAUGCUAAUAAUGGACCUGACCCUUAAUACCGUUUCCAAAUUUGUUCAUUAGUAACCAACACAUUUUCAUGAUCAUGUUUUAAUAGAUAUAAACUUGCAGCAAAAAAUUAUUCACUCACCUUAAGUUUCAAUAAAAAUUUCUAAUUGAAUGGCUGCUGGUAGGAUAUUUGCCAGAGUAAGGUCCACUACAGUAGUGGAGGAAAGGGGUUAGGACUUACUUUCUUUAUAAAUCCUAAAUUUUUUCUUUAUAAAUCCUAAAGGGACCACACCUCAGUCCUCAUUUGAUAUAAAGAAAAAUGCUAAAAUACCUCAAAGGUUUUUACCAUACAUAUAACCCAUAUAACACCUGGAAUAUAAUAAAGUCAGUACAAUUUUGAAUGAGUUAGCAAACAUGAAAAGCAAUAUAUAAUUUCUCCACAGUUUAAUAAUAUAUGAAUUUUUUGUUACAAUUUCUCUAAUUUUGUUGUUAAAGAUUUUUUAUAAAGAUAAGCAUUCCAUAAGUGGAAAUAAGGGCUGCACACCCCUGGACAUCCUCCACUGUCUUGGGAGAGAAGGUGAAGUUGGAGAGCUUAGAGCAGAGCUGUUUUUCGUGUUUCCAUUUGCUCACACUCAGUUUAAGUUCUUUGUCUAUUGUGCAUCUCAAGUUCCUCAUACAUAAAGUGGAGUGAUUACCUCUCUGCUUCCUCUACUCAUGGGUAUGGAGUGAGGAUUCAAUGCAAUAAUAUGUGUGAAUGAAUAAAGAGCUUUUGCUUGAGAAUGAUAACGGCUUUUAUUAGAGAU